AUGGGGCAUCAGGUGAUAAUAUUUGACUUUUCUGUCAUAAGAGGACUGUGGGAAACUCGAGUUAAGAAGAGCAAAGAACGUCAGAGGAAGGAGAAAGAACGAUUAGAACAAAGUGCAUUGGAGAAGAUAAAACAAGAAUGGAAUUUGAUACUAGAGUGCCGUAAGAAAGGUAUUCCUCAAUCAAAAUACCUCAAAAAUGGCUUUGUAGACAUCAAUGAGAAGAACCUGGACACUCGUGAAAAGACUCCUCAGCUCAAGAAGAGUCAUGCCUUGUGUGAUGGAGUAAAUAAGGAACAAAACAAGUUUAUUUUUCAGCUUUCUGGAGAGCAGUGGACGGAACUCCCAGAUUCCCUGAAAGAACAGAUCUAUCUGAAAGAAUGGCAUGUGUACAAUACAUUGAUACAAACCAUUCCAGCCUACAUUGCACUGUUUCAAGAUCUGAGAGUACUGGAAUUGUCAAAAAAUCAAAUCAACCAUCUUCCAGUAGAGAUUGGCUGCUUAAAAAACCUCAAAGUGCUCAAUGUGAGUUUCAAUAAUUUGAAGUCAGUCCCUCCAGAACUGGGUGAUUGUGAGAAUCUAGAAAAACUGGAUUUGUCUGGAAAUAUGGAAAUAACAGAGCUCCCAUUUGAACUAAGCAACCUGAAGCGACUCACAUUUAUGGAUGUGUCAGCAAACAAGUUCCAUUCUAUUCCAAUUUGUGUACUCCGGAUGUCUAAUUUGCAGUGGUUGGAUAUUAGCAGCAACAGCCUGAAAGAUCUCCCAGAAGACAUAGACAGGUUAGAUGAACUGCAGACACUUCUCCUACAGAAAAACAAGCUAACUUAUCUUCCUCGAGCUCUUGUCAAUAUGCCAAAGCUCAGUUUGCUAGUUGUCAGUGGUGAUGACCUGGUUGAGAUACCCACAGCCAUCUGUGAGUCAACCACUGGUUUAAAAUUUAUAAGUCUUAAAGACAGUCCUGUUGAAACAAUUGUAUGUGAAGACACUGAAGAAAUUAUAGAAAAUGAACGUGAACGUGAGCAAGUUGAGAAAGAGUUUAUGAAAGCAUACAUUGAAGACCUAAGGGAAAGGGAGUCUACUCCUUCCUACACUACAAAAGUAAUGCUCAGUCUCCAGCUCUGA